UGUGCAGGUUCUGUUCAGGUGUGAGAGGUGGGGGCUGCCUCGCACCGUGGCCUCCAGUGUACACCGAAACGCCGAUCUGCCGCAUACUACGCGAGUGAAGUGUUCAAUAUCUAAAUAAAACGAGGAGUUGCCGUUUUGGAAACGCAUUUCUAAGGGUGACUGGUGUACGAGGAGACUGCAAUCAGGUGUGAUGGGUUCAGCGUGACGUCACGCGGGAGACAAGAUGGCGCUCAGAAGCGCAGGAAGCGGGACUUCCAGGAGUGCCCAACGUGCGCUCGACGAGUUCGAUGAGCUGGCGGGUCUGCGUGGCGGUGAGGGCCGCGACGGGGGCCGGGGGGAGGAGCGCGCGGCUUACGUGCUGGAGCACCUGGCCACCUUCACCGUGACCCGGGAGACCGGCAUCGUGUACCCGGCCGACGGCAUGAGGCGGCUGCUGCAGCUGGAGAAGACCAAUGGAAUAUGGAGCCAGAAGAUGCAGUUGUGCCUGGAGGGGCAGUGGGUGCUAGUCAUGGAUUACGAAACUGGGUCAAUAAUGGAGCGGUUCCCGGCGUCGUGGGUGCACUCGCCGACGGCGUUCACGUCGCCGGAGCCGGCCGAGCUGUACAACAACGUGCUGGCGUUCGUGGUGGGCGCGCCGGACGCGCACGGCGGCGCUCCGCGGCGGGAGCUACACAUCUUCCAGUGCCAUGACGUGGGCGCGCAGGCGCUGGUCGAGGAGCUCAACGCGCUCAAGGGCGUGAGUUCCGGUGGCUCGGGCGAGGGUGGCCGAGACUUCGUGAUCGAAAGGGAGAGAGAGCGCGAGAGGGAACGAGACGGGGAGAUGGAGAGACCGCGACGGCAGCAAAUGUCCGCACAGCUGGGCGGCGGCCGCGAGCGCGGCGGCUCCGGCGGCGAGCGCGACGACGCGUCCUCCACCGGCUCCGAGCGCCUAUACGAGCAGGACAUCGCCAUCCUCAACCGCUGCUUCGACGACAUCGAGAAGUUCAUCGCCAGGCUGCAGCACGCCGCCGCCGCUUCCAGGGAGCUGGAGAGGAGGCGCCGGUCGAGGGGAGGCGGUGGCAAACGAGCAGCGGGCGCCGGCGAAGGCAUGCUCGCACUGAGAACCCGUCCCCCUCCGGAGCGGGACUUCGUGGACGUCCUGCAGAAAUUCAAGCUGUCCUUCAACCUCCUGGCGCGACUGAGAGCGCACAUUCACGACCCGAACGCGCCGGAACUAGUCCACUUCCUCUUCACGCCGCUGGCUCUGAUAGUGGACGCUGCACAGGAUGCGGCGGACGGCAGGCUGCCGGCGCGGGUGGUCCAGCCUUUAUUGACGAGGGACGCGCUCAAUCUGCUGGCCAAUUGUGUGACGAGUAAGGAGACAGAGCUGUGGCAUUCUUUGGGAGAUGCUUGGCUUAUACCCAGGGAGCAGUGGAAGACGCCCAUCCCUCCGUACCAGCCUGUAUUCAUGGACGGCUGGACGCCUGACUACCAGGUUGACGACCAACCACUAAGACGUCCGUCCCCACGGCGGAGCGACAGCGGCGUGGAACGGAGCGCGACGGAGCGCAGCGGGGGUGAGCGGGUUCCGGAGAGGGGGGACUCGGCCGCCGCGGGCGUGUACUAUGACCGGGAUGAGCCUGACAUGUACGGGGAACAAUACACGCCGUACAACAGAGCUCCUCGGGCGAUGGCACACGAAGACUCGGGAUCAGCCGCCUCGUCGCCAGACCGGGAGCCACCAUAUCGGGGCCCAGAAAGAGAAGACGAUGAUCUGGGCGAGGCGUGGGCACGCGGCGUAUCGGCACGGGGGGGCCGCGUGGUGAGGGUCACGUAUCCUCGCACUGCUAACAACGAUAAGGAACUUACAGUCGUCAGGGGAGAAUAUUUGGAGGUGCUGGACGACUCCCGCAAGUGGUGGAAGGCGCGCAACCGACGCGGUGUGACGGCGCACGUGCCGCACACCAUCGUCGCGCCCGCGCUCUCGCCCCCCGCCUCGCCGCAUCUCUACCCCAACCCCAUCUACACGCACUAUCAGGAGGGCGGAGGGCGAGGUUCCGGUGGCAGCAGCCCUACGAACGCAGCGGAGCGACAGCCCACAAAGCAACCGACCGCAGCGCCUCCUCCCCCUCCCCCGCCGCCACCACCUCCCCCUGUAGCCCCAGUGGAAAAGAAAACAGACACUAUGAAAUCAACAAGAUCAAACGUGAGCACAGUGAGCGGACUGCACGAUGAGCUGUUAGUGGUGCUGCCGCAAAUACAGCAGCGGCGGAACAAACUGCUGGACAUCAAGAAGACACCAGACAUCUUCAUUCAUCAGAAAUCCAACCCAGACGAAGUGGUAGACUGGCUAGAAGCGAAGGGCUUCAGCAAUCACGCGCAACGGCAGCUGCGGAUGGCGGGCCACCAGCUGUUCUCGCUGAGCCGGCAGCAGCUGGAGGCGGCGCUGGGCGCGGACGAGGGCAAGCGGCUCUACAGCCAGGUGUUGGUGCAGCGGAACGUGUCCGGGGUGAGUGCCCUGAGACCGCCGGUAUCUGUACAAAACCACGACAUCUUCAGAGCUGCAGAGUAUCCUGCGCAAGGCUCGCGAGAAGGUGGAGGUGUCGUGAGGAUGAGGAUCUCCCGGCCACGUGACCACGAUGAGUCUUCAAGCUGUUGAUGUUAUGUCAUGUCAGUCAUGUCAAGGUUUUAGCGAUAUUGCUGAACUGUUUGUGAUAACUAGAUUAAAAAAGAAGCUACACAUUUUUGUCAGUAGUUUCUCAAAAACGCAAAUAAUGCAAUUUUACGCUAAUUAAUAUACUAUAGUAAUUUAGGUACUUUUUAAAUAAUAGUUUUUAAACAUUACUAUUCUAUUUUAAUAAUUUAUUGUUAUUUUUAUUUAAGUACAGAUUUAUAAUGUGAGUUGAAUAAUUAAAGUUAUACAAAAUA